AUGGCUACAGAUGAGAGAGCUGGGGCCGAAAUUGUGCAUGGAAAGGAAGCAUGUGAACGAUUUUCGGUGGACCUGAUGAAAGAGCUGGGAUUUCCUGGUGGUGUCCUUCCCAUGGGAGAGCUAGAAGAAUGUGGGAGGGUGAGAUCCUCAGGCUUGGUGUGGUGGAAAUGCAAGGCUCCCUAUGAGCUAUUCAAUGUUGCACUCGACACCAAGACCAGCUAUGCCAUUGAAACCACUGCCUAUGUGGAGAAGGGGAAGAUUAAGAAGAUUAAUGGAUGGAAGGCCAAGACCCUGGUGGUGUGGGUUUCCAUAGCUGAGAUAUAUGUAGAAGGAGAUAAGAUCACCUUCAAGUCAUCUCUUGGGAAAAGCAAGUCCUUCCCCCUCAUCUCUUUUAUGAACGAAGAAGAAAAGAAGGCUCAUCUCAAAUAA